CUGUCCCUGACAGUUCAGAGAACCAGGCAGCCCAGAAACCCAGGCGUGGAGAUUGAUCCUGCGGGAGAAAGGGGUUCAUCAUGGCGGAUGAUCUAAAACGAUUCCUGUAUAAAAAAUUACCAAGUGUUGAGGGGCUCCAUGCUAUUGUUGUGUCAGAUAGAGAUGGAGUGCCUGUCAUUAAAGUGGCCAAUGAUAACGCUCCAGAGCAUGCUUUGAGACCUGGUUUCUUAUCAACUUUUGCCCUUGCAACAGACCAAGGGAGCAAACUCGGACUUUCAAAAAAUAAAAGUAUCAUCUGUUACUAUAACACCUACCAGGUGGUUCAAUUCAAUCGUUUACCUUUGGUAGUGAGUUUCAUAGCCAGCAGCAGUGCUAAUACAGGACUAAUUGUCAGCCUGGAAAAGGAACUUGCUCCGUUAUUUGAAGAAUUGAGACAAGUUGUGGAAGUUUCUUAAUCUGGAAUUUUCUUCAUCAUAUCAGACACAGUAUCAAUCCAGCAAUCUUUAGGCCACAGUGACACUUGUAUCCAUGUACUCAAGGACCCCUUUUUCCACCUUACUCUAGAAAAAGAGCCUUACAGAUAGAAUUUAUGGACAGGUUGAUGGUUAUCUUUUUUUUGUGUAGGGCUGUUUCUUAUUUAGUGAGAUUUGGGGAUACCACAGAAAUGGUUCAGUCUAUCACAGCUCCUGUGGAGUUAGUCCAGACACCAAAUAUGCAUGAGAUCCUGUUUGGUGGCUCAGAAUCACAAUGAUGCUUUGAUCCCCUUGAGCCAUGAAGUGCUCCCUUUUAUACCAUAUGCCAGGCCUGCA